AACUCUGCCAACCACGGUAGGCUGGUGCAAAAGGGAUGCGCUUAAUAUCUUCAGUCCUGUUUGUUUUCUGUCAUAAGGGUAUAGAAGGGGUUGCAUUCAGUAUCUGUGUAUACCAUCUCAUGGAGAUGAGGAGGGGAAGAUGUCAUCAGACAGGGUUCAUAUUGCCAGUUUUUGUCAUGUUUAUUUUCUGUCAGCAAGAGGUAUGAUAGAAAAUGGUGGAUGGAGCACAAUGAGAGCACGAUGAGUAAUGUACUGUCUCAGAGUUGCUUGUAUAAUCAAUUACGUAUCUGCUCUCUAUCUAUCUGCAAUGCAGAAAGUUUGCCAAUAUCACUAGAAUGUGUGUAACCUUUGUGUUGAUGUCAUACCAUGAAAAAUGAGUUAUGGGCACUAGAGGUGACAUAAAGAUCAGGACGUCUUCAGUCUUUCAUUCAUCACAGAUACGGCCAAGCUCUCGCUUGAUGGGCUGUGCCAUCUAGGCAGACCUGCACAGGAUGGCAGAUGGACAUAGUACCUCUGGGAGACAGAAUCAAAUCACAGAAUGGCUUGAGUUGGAAGGGACCCCAAGAAUCAUCAAGAUCCAACCCCUCUGCCACAGGCAGGGCUUCCAACCUCCACAAUUAAUACUAGACCAGGCUGCCCAGGGCCCCAUCCAACCUGGCCUUGAACUUCUCCAGGAACAGAGCAUUCACAGCCUCUGUGGGCAGUCUGUUACAGCACCUUACCACUUCCCCCUGACAGCUAACCUAAAUCUUCCCUCCUUAAGAUAGUGAGGGAAGAUAGUGAGAUAGUGGUUCUUCAAGUCUUUGUUUUGUUUGUUUAUGGGUAUUUGGAUAGAGGGAGGAGGAAAGGGCUACUUUUUGAUUUGUUUUUACUUGGACAGCAUCAUUUUAGAAAGCUAUGUGCAAUAAACUUUGCCUUUAUAUGAAUGGGGGUUAAAGCAGUGUAAGUUCACUUGGAAACAGAUUAAGUGAAUUAAAAUUGCGUUGUCUUAAAAAGGCAUAUAGAAGAUGAAAACUUGUGCUGAGAUUUCAGCUGACACCAAGGAGGAACUCAUCUGAAGAUCUCUUUUCCUCUCAUUUUGCAAUUAAAUCUUUUUUUUGGUGCUGAUUCCUGGCCGCCUCUGCUGACUCUCUCUGUGCAGCCUUAAUCCUAUGCUGUCUCUCCUUUUUGGAGUGGUAUAGGAGUAAGCUAGAGCUCUACAUAGGGGCCUGAAAAUCAGCAGUAAAUACACAAUCCUGAAAAUUUAACAAAUGAUAAUUAAAUCUGGACAGAAUACUUGACUUGUUUGAAAUCACUACUGGAAGAAAACUUGGUGUUUGUUGACAAAAAGUACAGCUUGAUCUCCCUCUAGUGAGUGAUGAAAUACAUUGACGUGGACACUUCUACUUAAAUUUACCAUCAGUAAAUCAUGUGUUUUUACUUCAAGCAGAAGCAGCACAUACAUCUGAAACUGAUACCUUAAGCUUAGCCUUCGCAGAUUUUUUUCUCCAGGGCUGUUGCACAACUUCUGCUGAUGCUAAAAGCCAGGACUUAAACUUCCUAAAACAAUGCUAGUGCAGAAGUCAUUGAAGGAGUUACACCAAGGAGUUGACACAGGGGACAAGGAGAAGUGAGCCAGAGUGAGAGGUACAAAGCAGUGUCUCUCUACCUGCCUUGGAAAGGUAUUUUGUCACUUUUGCCAACUAUGUCGUAGUCCAUGGCUUCGAACAUGCCACAAAGAGCAAAAGCGAAGCCUGGAAGCACCAUAAGACUGUGCUGAAACAGUUCCUCACAGACUUCACCUCUGAGACCUCCAUGUCAUUGGCCUUGUACACCGUCCUUCACAAACCUAUCCGUGACCACGUCGAGCAAUAUAUACUGCUCCUCAACAAGCUGAAUGAGGCUCUCAAAGAGGGCUCUGAAAAGGACAUUAUUACCAGCGCUGUAAAGGAAUAUGUGAAGCUGAAGUCUUUCAUUAGCCAAGUCCUGGAUGAAGCUUGUUUUACCAAGACCUUAUGGAAAUCCUUGGGCUACAAAUUCACGGACAUGCUGUGUGUUCCUGAAAGGAGGCUGCUGGAAGACAGCAAAAAUCUUCCCAUCUCUGCCAGUACAAAUCGAUCAGACCGAAUCUUGCUCUUUGAUGAUGUCCUUGUACUAAUUCAGGGAAACAGCUUUCAGAGCUUUGAUCUAAAGCUUGUGUGGGUAGAUGAAACCUGCAGGGAGAAAUCAGCUCCGGGACCGUAUGGACUCCGCAUUAUAACCCCAGAAGAAACGUUUGUUCUCACCGCCAAAGAUCCACAGAUGAAGGCUGUUUGGCAAUGGAAGCUGAACCAAGCCAUCCGACAGGCUUUGAAUGGGAAGAGAGAUUUCCCCCUGUGGGGUAAAACUGGAGAAGGCACUGAGCCCUCAUCCUGCCGCUUCUUCACCUACGUCUUCAGGCUGGAGAGCAAGUUCAAAAGCGCGUCCUAUGAGGGUGAAUGGCACUGGGGAAAGCCUCAUGGCAAGGGGACAUUGAAAUGGCGUGAUGGUCGCAACCAUGUUGGAGAUUUCAAAGAGGGCUUGGAGCAUGGGUUUGGAAUAUGCCUCGUCCCUCGCCGAUCUGAAGACCGGUAUGACUGCUAUAAGUGCCACUGGUAUGAGGGCAAGAUGAGAGGCUAUGGAAUCUGUGAGUAUGGGAAUGAUAUGGUCUACAAAGGCUACUUCAAAGACGAUGUGCGUCAAGGGUUUGGUAUACUGGAGAACUUCUCAGCUGAGCAUCCAUUUAAAUACACAGGAGAGUGGGAAAAUGACAAGAAGAAUGGAUAUGGAGUGUGGGAAGACAAGGACAGAGGAGAGAGAUACAUAGGGACAUGGCUUGAUGAUCACAGACAUGGACAAGGCAUUGUAGUCACCCAGUCAGGUGUCUGCUAUCAAAGGACAUUUCAUGCUGACAAAAUGGUGGGUUCUGGGAUCCUGCUCUUGGAAGAUGACUCAGUCUAUGAAGGAAACUUCACACAAGAUCUAACAUUUGUUGGAAAGGGAAAGCUGUCAUUUGCCAAUGGCUUUAUUCUGGAGGGCACCUUUACUAAUAAGUCGGGCCAAGGCCUUCAGACGCAAGGUAUCCUGAAUACAUCAAACGAGCAGCUGGAUGAGAGAAUAACCAAAGCUCAGCUGGGCCUCAAGGAGUUCCCGGUAGAGAAGAGGUGGAAGGGAAUCUACGACCAGUUCCUGGAGUUCAUCCAUUCGGGCUGCAAAGAAGAAAUGGAGGAGUCUUUUACAGGAUUCCACAUACAAACAAGCAAGGAGCUCCGGAAAUCUCAGGAAUACCUCUUCUGCCAAAGGGGGUCUGAGGAUGUUUCCUGGAAGACAGAAGAUAUUCUUGAAGAGCUUGUCCAGCACCAUGAGCUGGGAUCACUACAGAGCUAUUUAGAGAAGGCAUUGAAAUCUUCCCUACAUCCACUGGGAAAGCUGCUGAAGGCCUUGACAAUAGCUUUUCAGGCAACUUACUCUGGGAUUGGGGCCAACAGACACUUGCUGACCAUGGCACAAGAGGAAGUCAAGUACUAUGCAAAGAAAAUAUGGGAGUUUUACCAGGGCUUGCUCCAUCUGGCACUGGAACAGAAAGGUCAACUGCCUAUGAAAUGUGUGGAUGGAGAGGUAAGCGACCAGAAGGCAUACAGUGUGGUCCUUCCAUUGAUCUUGCCCUGCUUCUACCCUGAGCUUUUCAUGCUCUACAUGCUCUAUCAUGAAAGGGAAGAUGACCUCUACUGUCAAGGGAUUGUGGACCUAAGUCUAUUUCCUGACAUCAAGCUGCUAGAGUUUCUGGAUGUACAGAAACACCUCUGGCCUCUUAAAGACCUCACCUUGACAACCAACCAGAGGCGGUCCCUGAUCAAAGACAAGUGUUUCUUAUCUGCCACGGAGUGUUUGCAGAAGUUGAUCACCACAGUGGAUCCCCGGGAAAAGCUGCUGAUCCUCCAGAAGACAUAUGAGGAGAUAGAGAGCACCGUGUCCCGAGUGGUGGAGAAAGAUUACAAGCUCCCUAUGGAUGACCUCUUGCCCCUCCUGAUGUAUGUUGUAUCACGAGCUAAAAUACAGCACCUGGGAGCUGAAAUCCAUCUGAUCAGAGACUUGAUGGACCCCACCAAUCAAGGAGGAUUGUACGACUUUCUAUUAACAGCAUUGGAGUCAUGCUAUGAACACAUACAGAAGAUGAGACUCCACCAAAGAGAGAACUGCCAUGUGGUUCACACCUCCUGAGCCCCAGAACCAGCAGGGAGGCUCCUCCCUGCCACGCUUUGACCGAACACUGUUGGAUGAAGAAGCAAUCCAAUCACUGCUGCUCCAGCUGCCUUUAAGAAAGGACGGUUAUUUCUCAGAUGAGGGGUUCUUGCUGGGUUUUCUAUUAGACUGUGUACAAUUAUCAAGCACAAACAUGCAAGUGCUGUGAGUUGAAAGCCUUCUAUGCAACCUCAGCUUGUGUUGGAAAGUGGAGGAGGUUUCUUUUGCCCUUGUUGAUUUCACUUUCCUCAGAACAGCAAUACACCUCUUUCCCUUGAAACUCCAUUUAGCUGUUUUCUCAGUUGCUGUGCUUGUUUUGUACUGGUAAACAGACAUAAAAGGAGAUCAUUUGACCACUUUCUACUAAAUAAAGCCUGAAUAGUCAUCGCAAUAAGACCCCUGGAUGGUAGAAAUGUGGGAUGGGUAAGAGAGACUAUCUCUGUACUCCUGAACAAACUGUUCCUGGAGUGAGGUGGCUCUUCUUGCAUCCUUAAGAGGAAGAUCCUUCCUCUUCUUCCCUUUGCCAAAUUCUGUACCUCUCCACUGCACCGUAAUGCUGCUACUGACUAACUUCUCUGUUUGAAGAUAAUUCUAAAUGUAAAUUUAUACUUUGCAGACUCCUAUUAAAUCUCAGGGAUAUCACGCUCGCACCUUGAAAAUGCUGGUGCUGCUUUCUAAUUCUGCAGGGGCUUUUGUGUCCCUAAAAACUAAGAGAUCUCAAAUAUUGGUGAGAGAACACAUAAAAACAUUUGGCCUCCUGCACUGACAGAGCUGCAAAAGCAUUAGUUUUCCUAGAUGCUCAGCCUUGUGCUGACAGAACUCCCACUGGCACCAGCGGGGCACAAUCAGAUUAGAAUUGGGCUAGUUUUUAUUCUGCCUUUAAAAAAGGUAAAGGGAUUUCUGAUAUGCUGUUACUCUCAGAUGAAAGUACUAAUGUGUGAAUUGUAUGUUAGAGCUAAAGCUCUUUUGAAAUAGAUUUUAACGUGCAUUUUUUUUACCUUUCCUUUUUGACUUUUAAAUUGUCCAGGUCUGUGACUUCGGGAAAACAAAUCAAAACUCUACAGACUGUUUCUUCCUGUUUGUCAUAAGUAUUAUGCUUUAAUAAAUAGUACACUGGUUACAACAGUUAAUAUAUUGGUGUAAGAGUAUCAUAAUGUAUGUUUUACAGUAACUGUAUUUAAAUAAAACUGUUUCAUUUUUGAGAGA